CUCGGCUCUGGUUAGUUUCAACAAUCAGCUUCCUGGUUUUAUCCAACAACCUUUCCUGUAUAGACAUGGCAAAACGCAAGAGUGACGGCAAAACCCAGCCCACCAUCAGCCGCUUUUUCCAGCGGUCUAGCUCGCCGGUACGAAUUCCUAGCCCUCCAAUUGAAGUUCUCAGCGGUCUGGAUGGAGAGAUCCAAAUAGAUGGGCCUGUUGAGGGUGCCAACGUGACUGAGAUUUCUUCUAAAAGGAAUGUGCCGCCAGAGGAAAUCUCUGUCGAGUUGAAGGAAUUUGAUGCUAUGUCAGAUGGCCCCUCCACAGAGUUGGAUCCUAAUGCUGCUAACGAUGAUCCCCUCGAAUCGAAUGGUCAAGUGCUGCUCCUGGUGGUCAGUACCCCCGAAUUUAUGGAGGUUGAUGAUCAUGAAUAUCUUGACAUGGAGGCUACGGAAUCGCCAGCAACCGUUGAACUGAGUCGUAGUGCUAAGACGGAUAGCAAUUCCCUGGAUGCUUAUCUCUCUAAGCCAGAUUGCACUCCCGCACCAUUGAACUCCUCUUUGUCCUCCCGUAAUUUUGCUUACAACCGAGCUAAAAGACCGGACCCUGUCCACACAUCCUUCCACGACGCUUUUGUCCGCAAGCUCAAGACCUCCUUCUUCGAGCUGCUGGCGAAGGAGAAGCGGUACCAGAACGAUGAAGCACCUUCCAAGAAAGAAAAGCUGGCGAAGAAACUCACACCGAUGCAGCAGCAGGUGGCGGACUUGAAAAAGGCAAACAUGGAUAAGCUUUUAGUGGUCCAGCUGGGGUACAAGUACAAAAUGUACGCUCAGGACGCGGUGUUGGCGGCGCGGAUCUUGGGAUUCAUGUUGAUUCCGGGGAAAGUGACGGUGGACGACUCUGCGCCCGGCGACUACCAGUACGACGCGAUGGCAUACUGCUCGUUUCCGGUGGAACGACUCCAUAUCAACGUGAAGCGGUUGCUCGGCCACAAUUUGAAGAUUGGAGUAGUCGAGCAGACGGAAACCGCUGCGAUCAAGGCAAAUACCAAAAAGUCCGGGUUGUUCAAGCGAGAGAUUACUCAUGUUUACACCAACGCCACGUAUUUUGACGAUCAGUUGAUGAAAGGGGAAGGGGGAAAGCGGGAUGAUUAUGUUCUUGUGGUGACGGAAGUGCCAAUGUCCGAUAGAGUAAUGAUUUCGCUUGUAGCUGUUCAGCCGUUGACAGGGGAGAUUGUGUACGACGAGUUUGAAGACACGUUCAUCCGGGACGAACUCCAGACGCGGUUGAAACAUUUGCAACCAGGCGAGGUGAUUCUUGUAGAGGUGAGUGCCAAGACGGAAAAGACCGUGAGAGGCUUGGAGAGUCAAGGAACCAAGGUGGAAAAGAGGGGUUUGAAGAUGCCACGGGAAGGUUAUACGAAUGAGCUCAUUACGUAUUAUGUUGAUACAAUGAGGGCGCCCGAAAAGGGGAAGGAAAGCUCUUCAAAGUCCCAAAAUCCCACCUCUUCGGAAAAGUUUACUCUCAUCCAUGACUUCCUCAUGCUGCUUUCGGACUCGCUCCGAAUCUGCUGCCUCGAGCUCAUCAUAUACCUUCAAGAGUUUCGCUUGGACUCGGCGUUCUGGGUGCGCCAGAACUUCCUGCCAUUUCAGAACCUCAGCCACAUGGUGCUCAACGGAAGUACCUUGACGAACCUCGAGAUCUUUCAGAACCAGACAGACUUCACGGAGAAGGGGUCCUUGCUCUGGUUGUUGGACCAUACACGAACGGCGCCGGGAGCCCGGAUGUUGCGCAGGUGGAUCAGCCGGCCGCUUGUUUCGCGGGAGGCGAUCGAAAACAGGCUCCAAGCGGUGCAAGACAUCAUGGAAUGCCUCAGCUCCGGGGGUCAGGGCUUCUGGGAGGCUCUCACCGCGAGCAUGAAGAAGAUUCCCGACUUGGAAAAGGCAUUGAUCAAGGUUCACUACGGAAAGACGAGCCGGAAAGAAUUGUACCUCUUGCUUCGGGGAUUUAAUGAACUUCUCCAGUUGUUCAGUAAGCACGAAAGACAGGACAUUCUGGUGAAAUCAGACCUUCUCUCGCAGCUCUUGUCCACCUUAUUUUCUGCCUCUGAGCAGGAAACAACCCAGGAGCUACUUCAAAUGAUCUACUCCCCUGCGGCAAUUGACGAUAAAAUGACAAACGACGAUAACAAACACGUGGUGCAGUACUUCAACGCGCACUACUGCCAGUGGGACGGGAUUGCGGCCCAAGAGGCGGAAAUUUCUCGCGUAGAGCAGCUUCUCGAGGCGGAGUUGGUCAAGCUCCGUGUCUUCCUCCGCAGACCCAGCUUGAAGUACGAAUCUGUGCUCAAGGACUCGUAUUUGAUCGAAGUGCGCAACACAAACAUCAAGACCGUGCCCCAUGAUUGGCUAAAGAUCGGCUCCACCAAGACUGUGUCACGGUUCCGGCCGCCAGAGGUGAGCAGACUCUACAAAUCCCUCCAGUACCAUCGCGAGAUGCUCAUCAGCGAGUGCAACAGCGCGUAUGUUGAGUUCAUGGCUAUGGUGGACUCUCACUUCGACUACUUCAACGGGAUUGUGCGGAGCGUAGCCACAUUAGACUGCCUUUUCUCGCUCACCGCCGUCUCCAGCGCCACCGACUACGUCAAACCGGCCUUUGUGGACUCCCAGACGGUGGAUAUCCGCCAGGGGCGCAACCCCAUCGUUGAGCAGUUGUCGCUGAGCGCAUACGUGGCGAACGACAUCGCGAUGGCUAGCGAUAGAACACGUGCAAUGGUCAUCACGGGGCCAAAUAUGGGGGGGAAGAGCUCAUACGUGCGCCAGGUGGCGAUUCUCGUAAUUAUGGCCCAGAUCGGGUGCUAUGUCCCAGCUGAAAGCGCUACGAUGGGGGUCUUUGACGCAAUUCUCAUCCGAAUGGGGGCCCAGGACAACUUGAUGAAAGGCGAAUCGACAUUCAUGGUGGAGAUGGGUGAGUGCUGCCAAAUCUUGCAAAACGCCACUGCCAAAUCGUUGGUUAUUUUGGAUGAGGUUGGAAGGGGCACGGGCACCACCGACGGGGUUUCCUUGGCUUAUUCCAUAUUGGACUAUCUUGUGGAUAGCGAUGUCGCUCCGUUGGUCUUGUUCAUUACCCACUACCCGUCGUUGCACGUGUUCGAGACAAAGUAUCCCGGUUUGGUGAAGAACUAUCACAUGGGGUACGUUGAGGUGCCCAACGAGGAUUCCCAAUGGGCCACAAUCACAUUUUUGUACACGUUGGAGCCGGGUAUCGUGAGCAAUUCCUAUGGGUUGAACGUUGCCCGUUUAGCCAGCAUUCCCACCGAGAUUAUUGAUAAAGCUUACAUGGUUUCACAGGAAAUGAAGGAGAUGGUUGAGGGAAAAAAGGCCCGGAGAUGGUGUGAGGAUAUGUUGAGGGUGUUGCAGGCCGUAACAAAGAAUAGUGAUGUGAAUAUUGAGGAGGUAAAGCGGUUGCAUGAGAGUAUGGAUAUAUAGAAGCAAAUACAGUGAGUCUGACCUCGAUAUGAGAUAAGUGGUUGUUAAAGGUGUCGUAUGUACGCCGAAAUGUAAUCUCUAGAGGGUGGCAUCAAUGAUACCACAAUGGCUUUCAG